CGUGGCGAGAAGCGUAAAGGCGAGGUAAGUGUCUUGUCAUUUGUAUUUUAUCAUUUUACUGCUAACAGUCUACGCGAUAAUGGCUUACGAAACAAGGAAGAAAUCAUUCCAAGUCAUUCGGACUCGAAAAAGCCUCGUCUUACGGAGAGUAGCAGCGGCAGAAAAAGCCGAGAAAAAGCUGACAAAGAGAGUGGUGCUGCUGCUGAAACCAGUAAGACAGCCGAGAAGCAGCCGAAAAUGGAAACGGACCAAAAUCAGCCGUACGAAAAGCUGACCAAGAAGAGUACACCGGCGCAGCUUUCUGCAGCAGCAACAGCAGCUGUGGUAAAAAAUGAAACUGACACGUCGUCCACCACUUCACUGGCACGCAAGAAGCAACAGGGUAUCUGGGAUCUGGAAUCACCUGAUCGCGAAGGAGCUCCGGAACGCACGAAUCGUAAAAAACGAAUUUCACGAGAGAACGUCUUUGAAGGUGCAGCUCCGCAGUUCAAUGCCAGACAAAAGAUCACGAUGAUUUUGAUGCCGGACAAAGAUCGUCAGGCGGCUGAUCGCUUGAAGAAAUCGCGGGGAUAG